AUGAGCGAAGAUAAUUCAGAUGAGCAAGACUCCUUCGUUACAGACAAGGAAUCAAUAGAGACAUCAAACUCCCAAGACAUAGGCCCUAGGGCUCCUAGAAAGACUAUGCUGGUAGAUCCAGAUUUUGAGUUCCCUGUGUUUGAAAAAGAAAAGAAGCCUGAAGAUAAGAAGAAUUCUAAGCUUGAGAAUGCUACAAAGCCACUGCUAUCCCAACUCGCAUAUGAAGCCCAAAUAAAAGAGAACUAUCUAGCUCUUCUUCAGCAGAAAUUAGAUGAAAUUGAGCAAGUCAGAGAUGGCAUCGAAGCUGAUGUACAGAUGGCUGAAGAUAUUGACAACACACCCGCACCAAAUGAGAUUAGAACCAAAUAUGAGGAUAUUCUGUAUGAAAAUGAGAAGUAUAACUACGUUUAUGGGAGAACCCUUGAAGAAACCAGAAUGAGGAAGGCAAGAAGAGAGAGAAUCAAAGAAGCUAUCCAAGAUGUAGAUGCUAAAUUUCAAAGGAUAAACGAUAUCAAAUAUCAGUCUAUCAAAGAACGAGACCGUGCUGAGAAUAUGCUUGAAAGGGGCAGAGCAAAGUUAGACAAGAUGAAAACGAUGCAUAAAUAAUCAGUUAGACAAGAAAUAUAAUGAGAAGAAAAACCUUAUAAUUCAACUCAAACAAGAUGAAGAGAAGAUGAAAUAAAGUAGAGAAAGUCAAGGUUAAGAAAAUGGAGAAGAAACUCAAUGAAGGCGUGAUGGCUACCAAAGCAAUCUUAGUUCAAUUCCAUCUUGAAUCUGCGCAGAAGUUCAAAGAAGAAUCAUUGAAGAAAAAGAAGGAAGGAGAAGAACAUAUGAAGUAUCUCAAGUCUAAUGAUCUUGAGAAAUUGAAUAAAAAGGUCGCAGAAAAGCAUAGACUUGAGAACCAAAUGAUCCACUACACGAAUGAACUUGCUUUUCUCAUGUCAAAGAAGCUCAAGCUAAACAAGAAGUUAGAAGAAGUCAAAAAGAAUCAUGAGAAGAAAGAGAUGCUGCAUCACCUUCGAGCUCAAGAACUGGAAAACAUGCAGAAGAAGGCUAAAAUCUGGAAAAGGAAGCUUGAUGAUGCCAAGUGGGAAGUCCGAGAGACUAAGGAUCAUCUUAAGAAUCUGCUGAUAAAAGUAUUCCUCAACACUAAGAACCAUGACGUGGUCCUGGGUAAUACUGGGCUAAGCAAAGAAAUGAUUGAGGAUGGCAAUAAGAUUGAGCUAAUUUAUGAGAAGAAACCUAAAAGUCAUAAAGCUAAGAAAUCAUUGCUUGCACAAACUCAAAAUUUCGAUAAUAAUUGCCAGAAUCUUUUACAUUUAUUAGUUAAGCAUCUUGUAUUCAUUCAGAAUUUUACUAAAGCAAGGAGAUAUCAACAGAAGAAGACUCGUAGUAAAGGGCUAAGAAGUCUUGAUGAUAUUAAACAUAGUAAAGAGCCACUUCUUAAGCAACCAGCUUCAACAAAGGUGGAAUACUGAGUAGUCAGACAAACAGUUAGAGAAAAAUAACAUGGUUGCUAGUAUUCAUGCUGAGCGAGAGAUUUACAUUGACGAGGUCUUUGGUCAAGACCAAAAUUGGGAACUUAGCAAGCACAAAAAUUUGAUUCAAGUUAACCAGUUCUUAGAUAGUUACAAAAAGAAAAUUAAGAAAGCUGAGCUUGAGAAUCUUACUUCAGCUAUUGACUUCCUUUCAAAGUCUGAAAAGGUUUCACAAAGAUUAAGGAUAGGUAUUCCUCACAAGAAAGCCUUUCUUAAAAUAAAAGGAGAACAAAAGAAGGAGGUUGCUCAAGAGGAAACUACAGUGACAAAUUUUUAUAAUCGUUUGAAAGCGAUUCAGGAAUAUUCUCCUAAGAAGGAAAAGAAAGAGAGGAAUAAACCAGUUCAGUCGAAAAGCAAAUCAAGCUUCAACUACAUUUCUUCUCAGAACAUUGAUUCGAUGCCGUCCUUGAACAGACCUUAUAGACUGCCUUCAACAAUUGGGAAGAAGAAAGAUCCUCAGUUAUUCAAUAAGAUGCCUGCGAAUUGGAAGGAAAGGAGGCCAAGCUUAUCUUCCAUGAAUUCUGGGAACACUAAUCAAAUCCUAGAAGCUAUUGAGGAGCUCUCCAAGACAGGAAGUAAUAGACAUAGUGUCUCUAGCAUAACCUCACAAAUGAGCCAUCGUAGAAGAACAAAUUCAAAUAGAAAAAUAAUCUUCCAUAAGAAGGAGUGUAAUAAUAUCCUAGCAUCUGGCUCUAGGAAGAUCAGCGAAAGAGAGAAGAGAGUGAGAUUUGGCAAACAAAAGAUGAGCAUAGAUACUCUUAGUACUGUAUUUGGGCCAAGAGACCCAAUUGGUCAUAGAAGAAGGUUUAAAAAUAGUAAGAUGGGUUCAUCUGGUUCAGUAGUAUUCAACGAGGUUGUUCAAAAUAAUAUACAACAGAAAGCUCAAGAAAUGGCCAAAAAGAGAAGAAAGACAGUAGUCCUGAACCCAAAGAUGCUAUCUAAGAGUAAAUCGAGUGCUGUUAUUUCCAACAUACAAAAAAUAGAUUUAUAA